CUGUGGUCACACUAUGGUUUCCUGAAAUAUACGAUUCUUAAACUAAGUUUUUUCUCUGUUUAAUUUGAAUUAAUGAAACAAUGUACUUAGUACUGUAAAGAUUAUACACUGCAAUAAUUCUAAUGAUGAGUGCAGCAUGGGUAUUAAACAGGCAGAAACCCCAAUUGAUGACGUGCAAUGUAAAGAUAUUUGCAGUUAUAAAUGCUAUAAAUCCUAAAUUUUAGGUUUAUUAUAAUUUUUUGUAUAUAAUUUGUCACAAUAUGAGGAGAUCUUUUUGACUAACGACUACACAAAGCUUCAUGUCAUAAACCGCUGUUUUGACAAGUUAAAGAUCGACUUCUGCAUUUUCACCAAAAAUGGACUUCAAGAUCAACUCAAGGGCGUGUUGUCACAGUUUUUGGGUGCAGCUUUUUGGUCUUUCUUUCUCAACGCAGGGGUCUGAUUUCAUCUGUCAUGCCGGUUAUGAUGCUAUAAUCCAGAGGCUACGAGAUGGGAGACAAAUGUGCAAGGAUGUGGAGGAGCUUUUCAAGAUGAGGGCACUCGCAGAGGAGAAGUAUGGAAAGGAACUGGUGACUAUUGCUCACAAAGCUGGAGGAAACACAGAAAUCGGCACCAUGAGAAUGUCCUUCGAGCAGCUUAAAACCCAAAUUGAGAACAUUGGGAACUUUCACAUCCAAUUAUCAGACAAACUGAAAGAGGAGGUGAAAAGAAUUGAAAUUUUCCGAGAACGUCAGAAAGAACAGAGGAAGAAGUUUGAAAGCAUCAUGGAGAAGGUUCAGAAGAAAAAGGUUACUUUGUACAAGAAAACUAUGGAGUCAAAGAAGAACUAUGAGGUGAAAUGUAAAGAAGCAGAUGAUGUGGAGCAGGGGGCAGAGAAAACAAAUGCUGCUGCGAAAAAUCCUGAGAAGGUACGUCACAAGACCAAACAAUGCAGACAGGCCGCAAAUGAAGCAGAAAAGCUUUACGUGAACAAUAUUAAUCAACUGGAGGCUGUUCGCCAGGACUGGGAGGAGACACACAAGAGCACGUGUGAGGUGUUUCAGCAGCUGGAAGGAGAUCGCAUCAGCAUGCUCAGGUGCGCUCUGUGGGACCACUGCAACCAUUUCUCCACGCAGUGUGUUAAAGAUGACGAGCUUUAUGAAGAGGUGAGAAAGUUUCUCGAGCAGUGCGACAUCAUCACAGACAACGACAGCUUCAUCAAGAUGAAAUCAACGGGGUCGAGGGCACCAGAGCCUGUAGUGUUUGAAAGUUAUUAUCAGGGUGUAAAGACCAGGAAAAGCAACGGCCAAGCCCUUUCCUCAGAAGGAGAAGUGAGGUGUGAACCCAAUGACAGGAGGCCGAGUCAAAUAGAUGAAGCCAGGUGCUUUGACCCUUUAAUCAGAGACUCCAUAAGCAGUGAUAAUGAUAGAAGAAUCUCACAGUCAACACUGACAUCUACUGAAGAAUUUAAGACAGAAGAGAGUGGAUAUUCAGCCCUUCCAAGUUCGUCACAAGAAGAAUCUUUAGAGCCCGCUUCACCUGACCUGGACCAGUUCUACAUGGUGUAUUAUGAUUACAGUGCUCAGGAGGGGGACGAGCUGUCUGUGAGCAGGGGGGAUGUGGUCCGACUGUUGGUGCAGGGGGAGGACGGCUGGUGGACGGUGGAGAGGAACGGGCUCUGUGGACUGGUGCCAGGGAAUUAUCUGGGCAAAAUUUGACAAUGGACUUGAACACAUGAACUGAUCCAACAUCAC